AUGGAACAGUUGGCUACCGAUUUCGAACAACAAAUUACAAUGACAAAUUUACAAAUUGGUGGUAAUGAUGUGGAUCCGCGAUCGAUCGUACUUGAUGGAUUUGUGUCAAAAAAUUACGUUGAGAGGGUACAUGAAGGUUACACUUCAGGCGGUACAUCAUCAUAUAUUGUCGGAGGGGGUAUAGCUAUCGGUAUAUUAGCUAUACUAUUAAUAGCAUUUACUGUUAUUGCUACGAAUAAUAAGCGAGCGAAUGGUACACUGAAAUUGAAAGAAGAAAAUAUAGAAAUGGGUGAUAGCAAUCGGUCAGCGUGGCGUAAUGGUACGUCACCAGUGAAUUUGAUGAAUUACGGAAAUAGUCGUAUGAUACAUGGAGGAAUGACAGCCAAUACACAACCGCCGAUAGCAAUGACCGGUUCACAGGUGACCGCCAUAAACGCACAUGCAGCUACUCAUGCUAUUCAGUCUCAUCCCUAG